AGCGAGCGGACCUUCGUGGCCAUCAAACCGGACGGUGUCCAGAGGCACCUGGUCGGGGAGAUCAUCCGGCGGUUCGAGAGGAAGGGCCUGCAGCUGGUGGGGAUGAAGCUCCUGCAGGCCUCGGAGGAGCUGCUGAAAGAGCACUACAUUGCCCUUCGUGACCGUCCCUUCUACAGCCGGCUGGUGAAGUACAUGAGCUCUGGGCCUGUAGUGGCCAUGGUCUGGCAGGGCCUUGAUGUGGUCAAGACAGUUCGUACAAUGAUUGGGGAGACUGACCCAGCUGAAUCCAGGCCUGGCACCAUCCGAGGGGACUUCUGUGUUGAAGUCAGCAAGAACGUGAUCCAUGGCAGCGACUCGGUUGAGAGUGCCCGGCAGGAGAUCUCUCUCUGGUUCCGCCCAGAGGAACUGACUUGCUGGGAGGACACGGCUGAGCACUGGAUCUAUGCAUGA